AUGGACAACAUGGAUGUUGAUGCUAAUGAUCCUAAUUUUUUCAAGGUUGUUUUCUUUCACACUCUCCAUACGAUGGCAUUGCCCCCGGCCACACACCACCAUUAUCGUGGUGUCGUGCUUCCACAGAGGUUCAGUAUUGAGACCAUUGAGGGCCGUAAGUACGAGACGACAUUAACUAUAGUGAACAACUGCCCAACAUUAGUGGAUAGGUGGAGAGAUUUCAUUCUUUCGGAAGACAUAACCAUAGGCUACUUCCUGGUUUUCCGUCCCAGGAUGAUAUUCAACUUUGAAGUGUGGGUGUUGCAGCCCAACGGAUGUGAGAGGCAGCCGCAGUACACCUUCACUCUGGAAAUGAAACCAACUCAUGUGGAGCGCGCACGUUUGUACGUGAAUUACUACUCCGCGGUUUUGCAGUUUGGCGCCAACAUGUAUGAUGUCGAUAUAAUUCACAGUCACGGGAAAAAACAGAAUGGUCGUGCACGAUAG